UUGGUUGUGUCUCAACCAAUAGGAUUUCCCACGACUGUCUGUAGUUUAUUGCAAUGGUAGUUAAGGAAAUGAUAUAUUGGUCAUGAUGAGCCAGUGGGAUUUGAUGGAUGUUGGACUAGAUAGCAUAUAAAUCCACUGUUUUACCUGGACAUAGAUAGGGGUUGCUUCUGGUGAUGAUUACCAGGAGAAUAUGCCAUAAGCCUCAUGAGGAACAUAUAAUGUGAGAUAGAGCAUUAUGCUGUCAGUAGUGGUAAAACAUUAAUUCAGCUGUACUGGCAUAGUGAUUUAACCCAUACUCAGAGAAAUAUGAAAGGCAGUGGCUUAAACAGAAAUAGUAGAAAAGUCACAUUUCUUUCACCAGUGGUACUCACAGAAAAUCAGAAGGACCACAGCAAAAAGACCAGCACCAUGCCUGGAGUAACAGGGCGUAGCAAGGGUGGUGGUAGCACUGGCAACCUAGUCAAAGGGAGCAUGGCCAGCUAUGAGGACUUGAUUGUGGCACAGUACUUGGAUGAGAUCAGAAAGUCUCCUCCUUAUACUAAAAAAGGAAGUGAAGUUCCUCCUUCUCCAUACCUCCAGCGCCUUCCAAGCACUCAUAUUGUUCCAACCCCAGGGAAAAUAAAACAGUCUCUGAGUGGUGGGAGAUCCCGCAGCCGCCCAGCAUCAGCCCAUGCUUCCACAGGUUAUAACACUAAAUCCAAGUCUUCAGGCAGAAAACCCAAGAUAGACAUGAAGUUCAUAGCUGAUCUGACCUUGUGGGACCCGGCAACCCCAAGGGAGGAGAGAGGGGGUGGUGAGGGGGAGAAUGGAACAGGGUACAAGAAGAAAAAGAGACCUUAUAGUGCCCCAAUCAGACCAAGGCCAUAUUCAGCCACAUCUUCAACAGGCCGACCAGCAUCAGGAAAAAAAGGGAAAAUUAAGCCUGUGUACAAGAGACAACCCUUUACCAUAGUAGCAACAGCUUUUAAGAAUGGAUCCAGAGAAACUUUUGUUAAUGUGGCAGCACCAACAAUAAAAGAGUUGCUGGAGCAGUGCACAGACAAGCUGGGGCUAACAGCUGCUGCCAGACGUGUCUUCCUGGAUGAUGGGAUAGAAGUGUUCUCACCCAGGGAAAUCCCCAGAGAUGCUGAGAUCUAUAUCUCACAGGGAGAACCUUUUAAAAAUCCUUUUCUUCCACUCAAAAGAAAUAAUAUGAUGAAACAAGGUGCAACUUGGACAAUGAAUGGUUUGGUACUACCACAGGAGGCCAAGCCAGGUCCAACUAAGCCCAAUCUGUCAAAAAGGUUCAGGCAACAACUUGGCAAAAAGAACCGUCGUAUAUUGAUAUUCAAGAAUGGUGUAGGCCAUGAUGGUGGAUAUGAGAUUGUAGCUGACAUGGAUAAUACUCCUGCAUUCAUGCAGGCAUGCACUGGAAAGUUGGACCUGGGCAGCCACGCUAGAGUGCUGUAUGACUGGGAGGGGAAAGAAGUCACAGAUCUCUAUGAAACCCCAUUGAUUGACCAGUGCCUCCAAGCCUGUGCCACACCAGUCCUGGGUCCUCUCUGGGUGUCAAAGGGAGAAGGAUUCAGUCCUAAAGGGCCUUUUGAUUUCAUAUCUGGUCUAUUACAUCAUACUAAGACCAAACUGAGGGAAGCUAAACAUUAUAAGGAACAGCUGGAGAUGGCGAAGAGCAAUCCAGACAAUGUAGAAAUUAGGUCCAUACUUGCAAUGACAGAAAACGAAGUAGAUGAAGCCUUGCAAAUGGUUGAGAGAGAUAUUGAGGAACUGACAGAAGCCAAGCAGAAACUAAAAGCUCAGCUGGAGAAAAUAGAGCCCGACGCAAAAGAAGAAGAGGUACAAGGUGCAGAAUUUAGAAUGGCAAAAACCAUACGAAAACUGGAAGCUUCUGAUAGGUUGGUUGGAGUUCAAGGUAUCAAGUUGAAGGUGUAUGAGAAUGGAACCUAUGAAGAUGAAACAGUGGUCUUUUUCAAUUUGAAAGAAACUUCAAAAGGCAUUGAAGGUCAAAAAGACAAGAUUAUGCAAAGGCUUUUGGACCAGUGUGGUACACUAGGAAGACUGGCCUUCCCCAAGACCCCAGCUAUAAGUUCAAUGCCCAGGAAGCUGUAUGACCAGCAUGGAAAAGUGGUUACAGAUCCAUACGCACUUAAAGAUGACAUGGAGUUGUGGCUGUCUUUUGGAGAAGGCUUCAGGGUUCCAUAUGUAUACUGCCUUCAAGCUAUGUUUGACAAGGUUCAUGGAUUAAACCUGUAUGGGGAGAAAAAUGUGGGUGUCAGAGAGCCACUAAUAGCUGAGGAGAUCCCUAAAGAUGGAGAAUACAGUUACAGCUGGGAGGCCACUGUGGGGUUCCCUCUCUCCUAUGAGUUUACACAGGUGGAUGCUGACAUGAAUGCAGCAGAGAGAGAACAUGCUUUGGAGCAGGUGAAGAACAAUGAGAUCAAUGUCAACUGGGGAUUUCUUCAGCAUAAGGAUAAUCCCAGACUAGUUCUGUUUCCUGAACUUAUGGUUGACAUGAAGAAAAUAUUUGACAGCAAAGAUCUUUGGCCACAAGAGUCACAGACAUGGGUCAUUUCUAAGACUGGCUACAUCUACUGCAAGCCCAUGCCCCAGCUUACACUGGCGGUGACUGACAUGAAACUAGAGGGCACCACAGUCAAUGGGGCUGGCACUGAGAUCCAGGGCUAUGUGGUAGCACUACAGAAAAAGAUGGUGGGAAGUCCAUACCAGCAGUGGGGAUUUACUGCUGAUGGCUAUAUCUACUGUUUAGCCUAUCCAGACUUAGUUCUCACACACCUUGGCGCCACAGGGAUAGAUGAUUCUAUGGUGAACAAUGCUGAGGGAGUCCUGCCAGGACACAAGUUCUAUGUGGCUGUCUCUGAUAAAAUAAAUGGCAAAGAUGCGAGGUUACAGAGAUGGGCCAUCAAGCAAGAGAGAUUUGACAACUUGGGUCAGUGGAAGCAUUCUAAGAUCACCAACCCAGAGUGGAACAAGCGUGCCUACUCCUGGCCUGUCAAUGAAGAUGGGAACUGGAAUGAGGACUUUGACUGGCCCAUGGAGGGAUUCCUCAUCCCAGGGGUACCCCCUUUGAAAACAAAGGAAAAACCACAUGGACAUGUUCCCUUAAGAUUAACUGUGAUGAAAAAUGGAGAAAAAGAAAUGUAUAAAGCUGUACAAGUUGUUGGACCAGAUCUCACUAAUAUGAUGAAGGAUGUGAACAAGACUGCCAUGAAUGGUAAGCGUCCCCACACAGCUCAUAACCACAAGCACAAGAGGACAAGAACAGCUGAUACAGAUGUUGACUCUGUAGAUGGAGAUCCUAAUGUUCACUGCAGAGAUGAUCUUACCCUGUUACAGUUAGAAUUUAUGUUGUUUCUGGAGAGGUGCACCAACCUCAUUGACCUACCAUUUGCUGCCAGACGCCUGUUUGAUGAGAAGGGUAUAGAGCACACCACACUCCAGGGACUUAAGAGGGACCAGCUGGUCUAUGUGUCCUGUGGUGAAGCCUGGAAUGACCCCAAGCUGACCAAAGCUGAGCAACAGAGGCGCUACCUACUGGCCACCUUAGGACAAGAUAUUGCCCAGAUCAGGCAGUAUGUGGCUCUCAGGAAUCCACAAGACUUAGUACUGGCAGUUGACAGUGCCCUGGUCCCCAAUGCCAAGCUGGUGGUCCAGACAUGCUGCCUGACACCAGAGCAAAGACACAGCAUACUGAGUGGAGAGGAAGCCAGGCAGAAACAGCUGAUAGAAGAACAGAGAAAAGAACAGGAGGAGAAAAAGAGACAGAUAGAGGAGAUGCUCCAUGAGAACAGAUCAGCCCAUGAGCGUGCUCACUUAAAAUCAGACCAAAGGUUAGACAGUCUGCGCUGGCCUUGGGAGAGAGUCAACCUCCAUGGCAGCUUUGAUGAUGUCAUCAAUGCUAAUGAUGAUAGCGAUGAACCAGGCUAUACCAGUCCAGAACUCUAUGAAAAAUACAAGCCCAAACCCAAGAGUUCACCACGUAACGUAGGCAUGAAUCUUCAGAAGUUUAAGUUUGAGAAUGGUCACAUCAGCUGUGUUUACAACCCCAACCUGGUCCUGGGGGUAGUGGAGUCUGAGACCAGGGUGGCUGAUGUGGUGCUGGUCAAGAAGAAACCUGAUGAUGCUUACCAGAGAUGGACACUUACUGAUGAUGGGCAUAUUGUAUCCAAGUAUCAUCCUCAGCUCGUUCUAACAAUAGACAUAGAUAAUGAUCCUAGGUUUUUGCGCUCCAAGCACAGUCCCUCAAUGGUACUAACAGUAAACAUGCCAGCUGUACAGAGACAUGAGGCAGAGGAUGCUGCCACUCCGUCCUAUCCUGGGUGUGGUGUGACUCUUCAGCAUAAGAAGAACACAAAGUAUGGCGCAGCAAAUCAGAAGUGGGGAUUCGACCCAGAGCUUGGGUUUUUGUAUGCAUUUAAAACAGACGCAACUGAUAUGGAAAUUACAGCAGCCAACAAGGCUAAUGUUUGCACUUAUGCUGUAAGACAAGGAGAAAGCUUAGAUCAACCGGGCUAUAUUGUAUAUAUGGCUACCAGUAACUCUAAAUCAGAGGAGGUCAUAAUGUGCACUUCCUGUUCUCGUGCAAUGAGAGGUCAACAGAAAGUACGGAGGCUGGAUCGUAAUGUGGACUUUGCUUGUGCGAUGGGAAGUGCAAGGGAAAAGGGACUGAAGCAAGCAGGAAGUUUCCAUUGCCUCAACGGCAAGGUUGACCUGUCAACCUUUGAAGCAGAGAACACCUUAAGUGAGUGGGAGGACCAGUUUGAGAGGCUGCGAGAGGAGCGCAGUGUCAGAGUCAUCGCCAGGGAGAUCAAUGCUGCCAGGUUUAUCAAGCCAGUCAAGAUCUAUGUGUACAGGAAUGGGGAGGGCAGAAUGAAGCCAGGUCAUGUACUAGUAGGCUCCAGCAUUGUAGGGCUGCUUGACCAGUGCACGCAUGCCCUGCAGAUGGCCAAUGCUGCCCGCAGACUGUACACCUCUGAUGGUAUGCUGGUCCUGGAUGUGGAGGACUUGAUUAACUGGGCAGUGGAUGACUACAUGACAAAGAUCAAGGAGAACAUGAAGGAGAAACAAGCCAAGGGAGAAAUAAGACCUGCUCCAGAUGGGAAGGGAAUGCAGAGUGAUGAUGGCACGCUAAAAACAUUGGAACAACAGCGUGAAGCCUCACAAUCCAGUGGCAGCACUAGCACUGUGAUAGUACAUGAGCGUAUGGGACAUGUGCACCUAAAUGGUCAUGUACAUGCUUCAGAUGGUGAAGAAAGCAUUGGUGACCAGAGCAGUGUGUCCAAGCCAAGUGUGAAGAACCCCAGAAAGGGGAGUAUAGACACUGAUUAUCUAGUCCAGAAUCCACCUCUGGAGUUUAUCCUGAGGUACCCCAUUGAGGUGUGGGCAUCAGCAGGAGAGGCUUUUGUUAAACCAGAAGAUGCAGAAGAGAAGUAUCUCCAAGGCAUUCAGAACAGAGAGGAGAGAGCAGCUGUUACAUAUGAGCUGGAGAAAGAGAAACAUGUGCUCAGACAAAUGCAGGGUCGCAGAUUGGAAGAGCUGAACCCUGGAGAGUACAAGCCAACCAGAAGCACACGAAACCCAGUGCUUAUAGAGGGGAACUGGCAGGAACCCACUUUUGAUGAGCAGAGAAAACAUGACAAAGUUCACCAAUUGCAGUCCCAUCUCUCUGAGGUGAAAGCUGCCCAGAAGGAAGUGACCAAGACCAAACCAACCGUGAACAUUUCCAGAAACUUGUAUGCCCAGCCUGUUGUGAAGAGGAUUCUUGUGUUCCCCAAUGGGGAAGACCUGCAGCAUGCCACCUAUGUUUGGGGAGGAAGUAUUGGAGAGAUUCUAGAUGCUUCAGUGUCCAGGCUGAAUUUAAUGAAAGCCGCUAAGUAUCUCUAUACCUUGGAUGGAAAACAGAUAUCGGACUUUGAUGAGAUCAAGAGAGACAUGAUCCUGGCUGUGUCCACAGGGAAAGGGUUCCUGAAGCCCAGAGAUUCUUCAGUCAAUGUGGAAGUCAAAGCAAACUGGGGCAGGGCAAGGAAACAGUAUGGUCCCAAGGCAACUGAAAUAAUGGUGAAACACACCAGGGAUAUGAACAUAGAGGUUGAUCCCUUUGGGCCCCCAGUUUUGGCUACAGACAAUGUAAAGAGCAAUGGACAUACCCAGCAAACAUUUGUGACUGAAAGCCAAGGGCCAUUGCAGUAGAGAAGCAGAGCAGAUUGUGACUUA